AUAAAAACACCAAAGGCUUCGUGGGCACGAGUCUGCCUGUGUUUGUGCUGGACUAAAGACUCGAAACAACAGAAGGGAACACACACGCACACACACACACAAGUCUUGAGCUGUGGUGCCGUGUGUUAUUUGACAGCGCACUUUUACGCAGAAGGUGUGUGUGUGUGGAUACUCUUGCGCAAGAGCGGCUCAUACACCCUCCGGAGGACAGAGCUCACAUGAGUUAGUCAGAGGAGGAACUUUGGAUCUUGAUCACACUGAAGAUGGGCUUAUAGUGAACUGCACUUCAUCCCUGAGGACACACUGGCGUUUGGAGAGGAUGACAGCACGUUGCGCAACGCACCGGAGCGCAACAAUGUACCCAAACCACAAGUUUUAUAUUAGACGUGAAGGACAGACCACGAGAAUUGAAAUUUGAUCAAUUUGUUUGAGCUGGAGACUUUUUUCUGUGUUUUAUUAUUAUUAUUUUCAAAGAUAAGAAUGCUGCAGGGUCUCAGACUUGUUCUUGUGCCAAUGCUACCUGAUUUACCUGCGCACAAGUAGCCUAAAACUCCAGUUUUUCCUCAAUGAAGAAGUAAAAGGUCUUCUCUCUACAUAUAAUAUUUUCCUUUUGCAUUUAAUACUAAUGUUAUAAGAAGAGUAAAUACCUCAAUGGAAUGGUACACAGCUUUGGAGUUUGUGGGGCUUACUUCUCUGUUUCCUAAAAGUAAUUCACGUUCUUUUUGGACAUCAGGAUUAUAUCAUUAAGGCGAGGAACUAUACAUCACUCAUUGAUCUGAUCAGUUUUUCAAACGUGGAGUGGUUGGGAUCAUUUCUAGCUGGUUACUCUUUUUCCCGUGAGUAUUGCUGCUCUGGACCCCGAGGUGGCUCCGCAGUGGUGUGGCGGCUCCUCGUCCGCGGCGGAUCCGGAGCUCGGAGUGUCUGCAGCGGCAGGAGGCGGCAGCGGAAGCCCGGCAGCGGUGGCAGCGCACGGUCUUAAGAGAGCUCGAGUGAAAAGGAUGGUGCGGCUGGCGGCGGAGCUGCUUUUGCUGUUGGGACUCCUUCUUCUGACGUUACACAUCACGGUGUUGCGGAGCAGCCCGCUGCAACACGGGAAUGACACUGUGAGCUCGGAGCAGGACGCGCGAGUGGUGGAGAAUAAUGUCAAUCCAGAUAGCAGCUCCUCCGUUCAGAAGGGGCAGGGUGACAGACAGUCCCGAGUGGCUCAUAUUCCAGUGUCUCAGCCUUGGGCUCAGAGUCAUGGAACAGGGGGCAGCCUGCAGAGAGAUGGCCCGGGAGCUUUUCUGCUGGACCUGCAGAACUUUCCUGAUCUUUCCAAAGCUGAUAUAAAUGGGCAGAACCCCAACAUACAGGUUACCAUAGAAGUGGUGGACAGCCUGGAAGGUUCUGAGCCAGAGAAGGGAAUACGCAAAGAAAACAAGGCUGGCUGGGUGGCUCCUAACUGGAGGAACUGGUGGCAGCGUUCAUCUUCCACGUCCUCAGCUUCCACCCCAAAAGGACCCGAUGAACAGGAUUCUGAGAGCAACACGGAGGACAGCAACUUCCUCAAACCGCUGGGAGACUGGGAGCGAAGAGGGUCUGCCGGCACGGGAAGCAGAACACAGACAGAAUACGACUACAUAGAUGGGGAAGGUGACUGGAGCGGUUGGUCACCAUGCAGUGUGUCUUGUGGAAAUGGCAACCAGAAGCGAACCAGGUCGUGUGGCUAUGCCUGCACGGCCACAGAGUCACGGACAUGUGACAUGCCCAGCUGCCCCGGGAUUGAAGAUGCUUUCAAGACAGCAGCGACAGAAGUCAGUCUGCUUGCUGGCACUGAAGAGUUUAAUGCAACAGAGCUCUUCGGAGUUGAUACAGACAGUUGCGAGCGUUGGAUGAACUGCAAGAGUGAGUUCCUCAAGAAAUACAUGAGCAAAGUGGCCAACGACCUGCCCAGCUGCCCCUGCUUUUACCCAACUGAAGUGGCCUACAGCACCGCAGACGUCCACGAUGCCGCAACGAGGCGCAACUUCCGCUGGAAGGACGCCAGCGGGCCGAAAGAGAAGCUGGAGAUCUACAAACCCACUGCUCGCUAUUGCAUCCGCUCCAUGCUCACGCUGGAAUCCACCACGCUGGCGGCCCAACACUGCUGCUACGACGACAGCAUGAAGCUCAUCACCCGGGGCAAAGGGGCAGGUACGCCCAACCUCAUCAGCACGGAGUUCUCCGCUGACCUGCAUUACAAAGUGGACAUCCUACCAUGGAUCAUCUGCAAGGGCGACUGGAGCCGCUACAACCAGGCUCGUCCUCCCAAUAACGGACAGAAAUGUGCAGAGAACCCCCAGGAUGAGGACUACUACAAACAGUUUGAGGAGGCCAGGGAGUUUUGAGCUGAGAAGCUGCUAUGCUCCUUCUAAAACAGAAGCAGAACUCGUGUUGUGUGUUUGAACAGGACUUGCUAUGAGGAACAGGCAGCACCGUCUACAACAAGCACAGAAGAUCUAUAUAUGUUUGCCCUCAGAACCUCUUUUCAUAGUGUUUUCGUGGGAAGAAUAAUACCAAGUAACUCAUCAUGGUUCUCUCCAGAUUGUUUAUGGGGUUUCUCAACAUAUUUGCCAUUCUGUCUGAAUUUUUAUUAGGAGUAAAAGGGAAAAGCCUAAAGGGAAGUCAUAUCAGGAAUCACCCCACCAAUGAUCGGUUUUGCAUGCUUAUUUUAUGCCCUACAUGCAGUUGGAAAGCCUCUCCUCAGGAUUCGUGGACAGAUUCAAGGAUAUCGGAUACAAUAUUCAGGUUUCUGUGUAAACAUGCAUAUAUUUGUCUAGUUGGAUGAGCAGAAUUCCUAUAUAAUGUCCUGUUGCAUCACUUUUCCUUUUUUCCUAAAAACAAAACAAUCAAAAACCUGCAUAAUCCUUGCAAAGUAUUUAUUGAGUCAUAGUUAUGUGUCAAUGGUAUGGGUUUGUGCAUAUAGAUGUAUGGAUACACUUUGAGUGCUAAAUAAAUAGGCCAUGUCACAUUAAACAUCA